AUGGCCUCCGCGACCACUCUUUCGUGCCCCGACUUCCAGUUCAUCUGGUCCAAGCGAUUUGAGAAGAAGUGCAUUGCUUCUGACUCUGUAACUCAAGAACUCGACAUCGAAUACAAUGAACUGGCUCAGACUUGGGAGAUCUUCCAAGACAGUCUCCCCGCAGAAGAUCAAGUUGACUUCCAAGAACGCCCGCAGGAUGCUCGAGAUGUCUUGAGCCUGGUGCGCAAUGUGCAGACCGUCUGGAUGUCGACUCCCCGUCAACGGGUCUUCAGCCUUUCCAUGACUCUCUGCGACCGUUUCUUAUCUACCUUUGAUUCUCACUCGAUCUUAUUGAUGACUCUUCCUGAAUGUGAACUCUAUAUUUCUCUCUUUUACGGCUCUCUGCAGUCUCUCAUUAAGGCAUCCGCGAAUUACCCCAGGAUCAUGGAAGGUCUGGUCAAAGCUCUCGUGGAAGUGAAUGAAUCCAUUUGCUUGCCCAUCAGAGAGACCCAUGUAUCCGUCCAAGACGCCAUUCCUUCCAUUGCUAGAUUCUAUUCGCUGACAUUCUUUUUCCUGGGGGAAUUCAUGAAUUGGUAUAUCAGACGGUCCAAGUGCCAACUGUUGAAGAGCCCCAGUCAAGAUGUCUACUUCGACUUUCAAAACCUCGUUUGCAGCAUCAGAAGCACCGCCAAGGAAAUUGCACGCUGGCUCGCCGAUGGAAUGGACCUGGACGACCGUCAAUCCGAGGUGAAACGCUGCAUCAUGCAACAGAAUGAAUCGUAUCUCUGGGAGGAGGCUCGAUUGGGUCAGGUCGGCCUGCAAGGUUACGAACGUCGAAUCGCCUCACAGAACACCAUCACCCGCCAGCUCAUCUGGGAAAUCCAGCACAACGCCGCUCAACGACUCAAGAUGACCCAGGAAAGGGAAUCGCUCCUCUCACAAAUGCUAGAGUCAGCAAGCCAACAACUCCAUCCCGUUAGCGAACAAAACAGCGGAAUUGCAUGCUUGACGACAGCAGCUGCACAAGACUUAGACACGUCUAGAUUCGAAUCCAAAGGCUCCAAGCGCAAGUACACUCGGGUCGAGCUACAAUUAGCCUCAAAACAUCUCCAAGACUACUUUGACAGUGACGACCAAAUUGCCGAUUUUGAGUCAGACGUCGAGGUCAAUGCUGAAGGCAGUGUCGUAACAUCGCUACAGCAAUGGGCCACCAAUCCACACUCGCAGGUUCUGGCGGUUGGAGGGUCACCAUCCACCGCAUUUCCCAGUCCUGUCGCCCUUAUCUCGGCUUGUUACGCAUGCUUCGCUCGCCAGGCCCAGCUACCGAUCAUCUCCCAUUUCUGUUCUCUUCCAACCCGGACGGUCGAAGGGAUAAGCUUGUUCGAGCAGGGAUUGAUAGCCCUGACUUACAGUUUGAUUCGACAACUGAUUGAUUGUUUGCCGCCGGUUCUCAACUGCGACAUCACCAGUGGCCUUAAUCCUGAACGGUUCCGUGCCUUGGACGGCACGCUUACCAGCUGGAAAGAGGUUCUAUCCUUAGUGGAUAUACUAUUGCAAUAUGCACCACCGCUGCUGGUCUGCGUGGUUGAUGGUCUGGAUGUGAUUCAAGAUUCGUCUACGGAUUUACAUAUCCGCUCCUUGGUGCGAGUUCUUCUGACCCAUACCAGGCAUCGGGCUGUUCCGAAUCUGGGUGGGCAAAAGAACCAGCGAGUACUGCUCAAAGUAUUGUUCACUGUCGCCGGACGACCAAAUUCACUCGUGGAGACUUUAUCGGAAAACCAACUCAUCCUGAGCGAGUCGAAUCGGACCGACAAACCAGCCACUGCAGACUCAGCUUUAACCUCGGAUCUCGGGGCCGUCAUGAUGAAUGCAUGA